AUGAUGGAAGGGGUGAAGGGUUUCCACGAACUAGAGACUCAAGUGAAGAAAGGGUUCUACACCAGGGACUACAGCAAGACUUUGACCUACAACUGCAACUUCGAUUUCUAUCAGUCGCCGGCUGUCAAUUGGAGGGAUACCGUGAGCUGUGUCAUGGCUCCUCGCCCACCAAACCCUAAAGAACUCCCUCAAGUUUGCGGGGAGACGAUGGUUGAUUACUCGACCCAAGUAAUGUUAUUGGCAAGGAGGCUAUUCGUAUUGUUGUCCGAAGCACCGGGGCUGAACCCCAGUUACCUUAACGAUAUAGGUUGCUCUGAAGGACUGAUGUUUUUCGGUCACUACUACCCAGCUUGUCCUGAACCGGAUUUGACAAUGGGAAUCAGCAGCCACUCUGAUAGCAGCUUUCUCACUGUGCUUCUCCAAGACCAAAUUGGUGGUCUCCAAGUUCAAUGUGAUAAUCAUUGGGUUGAUGUUGAACCCAACACUAGUGCUCUUGUGAUAAACGUGGGAGACUUGAUGCAGCUUAUCUCCAACGACGAAUUCAAAAGCUCUCAACACAGAGUUCUGACGAAGUCGAUAGGCCCAAGAGUUUCGGUGGCUUGUUUCCUGAGGCAGCAGCUGCCACCUGAGAACUCUAGGGUCUAUGGUCCGGUUAAGGAGCUGGUAUCGGAAGAGAAUCCCCCAGUUUUCAGGAAAACUGCGGUGAAGGAAUUUGUUAAAUACUACUAUGCAAAAGGGCUUAAUGUGAUCUCCGCCCUUGAGCAUUUCAGACUCUUAGAUCUGACGAUGAAAGCAGGCACCACCAAGCAAUCUGAUCCCGAUUUCCUCACCGUAUUAGUCCAGGACCAUAUCAGAGCGCUUCAGAUUCUUCACCAAAAUCGUUGGAUUGAUGUCACUCCAAGGGUGUUGAUGGGACUUCUGCAUCAACUCAUUUCAGGGUUUGAAAUUCUUGUCGAUUGGAGUUGGCGGAGGACACCACAGAGGCAAGGAAUGAGGGAUUUUGCUGGCACGCCGGGGACUAUGACCGGGCUUUUCCUGCGGAUUUCUCAAUGUGUGUUUGCGGCUGGGUCGAUCACUGCUAUUUCCACCACUUCUAGCUUCUUCAACUUCACUGCUUUCUGGUAUUCUUCGGCUCUCUUGUUCUCCUCAAUUAUGCUAUUUGGGUUUGCUUGUAUGAUUCGGCAAAGCUACCUAAUUGCGUCAAUGGGUUUGCAAGUGAUCUGGAGCUUUGGACUUGCGUUGCUAGAUUCUUAUGCUUUGGUGAGAGGCAAAAUUCUGCACAACUCUCUAUUGGUCAGCCUUUUUGCUGUGGGAGAUUGGGUGACGGCAACCUUGUCUCUGGCGGCGGCUUCUGCUUCCGCCGGCAUCACCGUACUUCUUUUUCAUGACCUGGGACACUGCGGUUUCGUUGGAGAAUGCCAAAAGUACCAAAUGGCAGUGGCGUUGGCUUUCCUCAGCUGGGUCUCUAUCGCAACAUCCUCGAUCAUCAUGCUGUGGUUGAUGGUAGAAGGUUAGAACAACGGCAUAUUUGUUAUACCGCAGUGUACAGGCUAAUUUGGUUUGUAACAUACAGAAUCCUAUCUUUUCUCAGGAGGGGAUUUUUGAGCUUUUCACAAGAUGGUAAGUAGGAAAACAUCAGGUGGACAGGAUAGAAGUACAUAGUCACACACAAAGGUUGACUUUGUAAUUUGGAUAAUAAUGAAGCACAUACUGUGUAUAUAGAACAACUGCAAAGGAAGAAGCAAUUUGUCAUUGGCUAGCAAAUUUGUGAAGGAAAACGUGGGUAUUUUAGGACAGCUUUACUGGUAUAUUCUGAAGACAUCAGAUUCUGGUUUCAAACAUCGUAUUGGUGGAAUGUGGCAUUGAACAAGUCAUGUGGCUAUCUGACGAAUGCAGGUACACUGGUUGGUUUGGAGAAACGAAUCUCAGUAGCUUACUGCUCCCUACCGAACUUGUCCUCAUCUUCUGUGUUAGGUUGAUGAUUUCACUGGUGCCCACAUUUCCGUCAGCUGUAAGUAUUUAAUGGAUCUGUGUGGUUCAGAUCUGUGAGGCGCAAGUGGGAACAACACAAGCCCUGAAUCUUCGGGGCAAGGCGGAGAUGAGAAUGGAAGGUUAUGGCCAAAGAUCUGGCUCGUUCUCCAGCUUCCCCCAACAUCAGUGGGCCUAGUUUGCCACCGGUUAUCUUAGCAGAUGUGGGCUCAUCUACUCAGCCCACUGAGCUGGUCGUCUCUCUUCAGUCUGUCAUAGGCCCAGCGACCGUCAUCUUGAGUGCUUGACUAUCAAACCAUCUUGUUCGGUUGAUAGUUGAUACUAUCUAUUGGAAUAACUCGUGGAUGGUUCAUUUUCUAUUUACACGUGUCGCUGCGCUUUUCUUCAUGGUGCAUCAGGAGAAGGUUUGGAUUUUGCUACGGUGACAUGCAUGUCACCGUGACAUGGACUUUUCGGUCGACCGAAUACAACUUGCGGUCGACCGAAUGGGCUAAUUCAUGUAUGUUGGGUUCCUGAAGGCGGUCGACCUCUUACAAAAUGCGGUCGACCGUUUUAGUGGUCUAACAGAAUGACAG